AAAUACGCUAGUCGGAGUAGUCAGUCGCAUUCCAUACUCGAGGUUAAGCGGUUUUGAUUGGUCGGAGCGUUGUGACGUCACGCGCCCGCGACCGUUCUUGAUAAUGUGUUCAACAUUCAACAUGGCCGAGUAGUUGUUAGUGGUGUGUGUGUGCUAGUUACUGUGGGGUUGAAUGGAUUUUAAAAGUGAAUAUGCCCAGAAAACGGAACGGCGAGAUACCUUUGCCGGAAGGUUGGGAUUUCGGACGGGACUAUGACGGAAAAAUAUACUUUAUCGACCACAAUUCGAAGAAAACGACUUGGAUUGACCCCAGAGACAGAUACACAAAGCCACAGACGUUUGCGGAUUGUAUAGGAAACGAAUUGCCUCUCGGAUGGGAAGAGGCUUUCGAUGGACAAAUUGGGCCGUACUAUAUUAAUCACAUGACCCAGUCCACACAACUAGAAGAUCCUCGACAAGAAUGGAGGGCAGUACAAGAAGCUAUGUUAAGGGAUUACCUGCAAACUGCACAAGAUGUUUUAGAAGCGAAGAAAGAUAUUUAUCAAGUAAAAUCACAAAGACUUAUGUUAGCUCAGGACGAGUACAAUCAUCUCAAUAAUGCAUUGACAACGUUAACGACUUCCAGAACAAGUUUAUGUUCAACGGGUAGUGCUGUUAGUACGAAGUACGAUCCAGACCUGCUCAAAUCGGACGUUGCAAUGGCAAAAAACCGCGUUUCUAGACUCAGAUCCGAAUUGGAACAGAUCAGAAACGAAAUGAACUUCACACAAAGAGGAGUCGAAACUCUGGCCAGUGUGGAACAGAAACUCAGUAUGGGCCAAGGAAUGUGUUACAAUAUUGCAGAAGCUCAAGCCAUUAUGGCUGAACUAAGAAAUAUCCAAAAAUCUCUCUCCUCCGGCGAAAAAGAAAAGGCUGAAUUAAUGCAAUCACUAGCAAAAUUAAAGGAUGAUUUAACAAGAUUGCAAUUAUCCGAAAGUUCUCCAGACGUAUCCACUUUAAGUCUUCCACAAGAAAAACUCAGUACAGCUUCCCAAACAGAUUUAUCAUGUGAAUUAGUGCCUAUCGGAACUAGAUUAGCCGAAAUGGCAAAAAUGCGAUUAGAAUACGAUGAAGCGCGAAAAAAAGUACAACGUAUACAACAAAAGUUGGCCGAUUUAGAAGAAAAGGUACAGCCCGGACAAGCCGAAUCCGACAAAGACCGGCUACUGUUGUUCCAAGAAAAGGAGCAACUUUUGAGGGAACUACGCAGUAUUACACCUCGAAUGAGAUCGAAAGAAGAAAUGUGCGAUAUUCAACAAGAAUGCCGAAGGUUAGAGCAGGAUCUUAACAACGCCCUAGAAAUGUCUAACAGAGCAAUAGCAGAUAGGUUAAGAUUACACGAAGAAAAGCAAUUAUUGUUGCAACAACUCAGGGACGGAUUAAAACAAAUGACCCAAUUAGAAUCUCAAUUGAAAACGCUAUCUGCUAGUACGCUGUCUGUCAGCAGUAGUUCUAGUCUAGGCUCGCUCUCCACCACGAGUAGCAAAGGCUCGCUCAGUUCAGGUCUUAGUUUUACCGACAUUUACGGUGGCCCUCAAUGCGUAGGUGCUCCUAACGUAGAAAAACCUAUAGAUAUGGCUGAUUUACACAGAAGAGUCGAAAGGCUUCUGAAAACAGACAAUACAAUUCCUUCUCCGGUAAGAUCACAACCCUCGUUAUCACCGAGAAGUUCGCUGUCGUCAGUUUCUCCUCCAGUUUCACCCAUGUACGAGAACUUACCCUGUUUCUUGCCGCCGCCAACCUACGAGCAAGUGGAGAAAGACAGGAAGUUGCAAUCCACAGAGCAGAGACUCGACGAGAAACUGCUUGAACUGAAACUGUCCUCCAACACCAACAGCAACGAAUAUAUAAACUAUACUCCUCCGAGAGUGUCGAUUCCGAGCCUAACGCCGCUCACGGAUCUCCUCGAAGCUCAAGCCACUAACAUGUCGCAAGGUUCGGGAUUGGGAAGGCCGAGCCGAUACUCGUACGAAAGCUCGGGAGAUGCUCCGUUAUCGCCGAUUUCUGAAACGCCACCUCCUAUGAUAGACCAGGACGAGAUGCUGCAAGGUGCGGCGUUAUCCAGGACUUCUUCGUCGGGUACGAACACCAGGUCGGUGUCUGCGGCUGUCAGCGACGAGUCGGUGGCCGGGGACUCUGGGGUGUUCGAGGCGUCGAAUAGAAGAAGAGCGUCGGGCGUGUUCGGCUCGAAUAUCGACACCGACACGGCACAAGUACAAAUUAAGUUAAGAUACGUGGUUGCUGAUGGGGUGCUUAGCGUGACCAUUGAGAAAGCGAGAAAUUUGAGCGCCUUGAUGAUCGACGAAAAUUCGCAAGUGUAUAUAAAAGCAGCUUUGUUACCUUCCAACCCACCCCAGACCUGUUGUACGAAACUAGUGAGCGAUUUAAAGAAAGCAAAUUUCGGGGAUACAUUCAACAUUCCACUUGUAGCCAACAAAAUAUUUACCAAAACGUUGCAGGUAAAUGUUUGGAGUAAGCUGGACAGUCAACUAGAGAUGUGCGUGGGUUGCAUCCAAAUAAGCUUAGCUGACUUCAAUGUCCAUAAUCCGUCACAAAAAUGGUACAACAUUCUCUGUCUCCAGGAGGAAGCCCAAUCGUCUACGGCUUCCUUCAGCAAACAGACGCUCGACGCGUUAUCUUCGCGUGACCGACAAGAAGAUACGUCCUACAAACAAGUAGGAAAAGAAGAGAGUUCGGACGAUUCCACGAUUAUCUCCUCCCAAACGAGUACACUAACCAGAAACCAGGAAACUGUAGUUCCUCCUGUAGUAAACUUGAACUUUGAGGAACUAUAUAAUUGUCUGAAAAACACCGCGGAAUAUGAUAGCGCCGAUAAUUCCGAUGAAGAAGACGAAGAUAUAGAUGAGGAAGAAGAGGAAGAUGAAGCUCUACAGUUCCGUCCUAACGAAAAAUUAGACGUGGUUCAUGAGCAUUCUGAUGACGAGGAUAAAUACUCCGAUAAACAGACCAAUACCGAAUGUGCCUUUUAUCCAGAACAAGCCAAACAUAUGAAACUGGUAGCUCAGGGAAGUGUUGAAGACAGGGGUGCUAUAAAACGCAGUCAAACUUUCACGCCAAGUGCUCAAGUGUCCAAACAAGAAUACAUCUGUAAACUGAACAGGAGCGACAGUGAUAGCGCGAUGCCUCUGUAUAGAAGAGGAAGCAAACCCUUCGAACGGUACGCAGUGGAAAGGCGGUCUUUAAGAUUCCGCAGGCCUUCAAUGGCCCAACUGACGACCAGCAAGUCUCACUCUCACAUCCCGCAAACGCCCAGAACCUCGAUCGACCUGGAACUGGAUCUGCAGGCGCAGCACACGCGUUUGGACAUGCUCGGUUCCGAAUUGUUACGAUUGAGGGAGUUGAAACAAAGGCUGGAACUGGCCAAAGAGCAGGGAGAUUCGGAAUUAGCCGCGUACCUUCUCGAGAAUCAGCAGUUCCAGAACUUGAUGGCUCAGGCUGAGAAAACGACGAGAACACCAGAAGAGAAGAAGGUCGAGAAAAUGCUUAGGAAAGUGUCGAAGGAGAUUUAUAAAUUGAGGAAAACGAAAGCGGGGAAUGGGAAACCUGAUGUUAUUUCUUUUAAGGAAAAAAUGGCAUUUUUUACAAGAACACAGACAAACGUACCUUUUCUUUCUGAGGAAGGAUGUCCCGAGUAUGAAGGAAAAUCGAGCACAAGUCAGGAACAACAACAAACUAAUAAUGAGAGGAAUAAUGAGACGAGUCCUGAUAGUAGCAAUGAUAGUACAGGUGAAACAAAUAAUCCGCCAUAUAAGUAUAUUGUAGAUAGAAUAAUGGGGGUAGAGGUAUAAGACAUAAAUAGUCCAAAUUUAAUAGUAUGUAUUCUUUAAACGUCUCCUUAAAAUAUUAUUUAUUUGUUUUAUUCCUUUUUUUUUUUCAAAUAAGAUAAGAAUGUGAACUUUAGAUUUUUCUUCUUUUUGCUAGUUGUAUACCUAAUACUCAAAUUUAAGAAACAUAGUUAUUAGACACGUUAGGUUACUACAAAAAUAAGUUUGAAUAAGACUGGCAAUACUAAUAGACAUAGGAUGAUGCUACAGAUAUAUGAUAUACAACUAGCAAUUUUAUAUUAAUUUUAAUGAAGUGCGUAUGUUUGUAAACCUAAAAAUAUUUCUUUAUUAAAGUAUUAGGUUUGUCAUAUUAUUAUUUAUCUGGUAUUAAUUUUAGGGAUCGUUAUUUUAAUGUUUAAAUAUACAUUAACAAUAUGAUUCCUAAGUCAUGUGAUGUAAAAGUCGAUUUUUUGACUAUAGAGAAAAUCAAAAUUAAGUUUAAUUUUAUUUUUAACAAAUUAACAAUAAUUAAAUGUGAUCCAUAAAGUUUGCAGAUCUGAUACGUUUUUCGAUUGUUAAUACUCAAUCUUGCAACUAAUUUUAAAAAUUCGUCUAGAUUGGAAUAUAUUACUUUGUACUUCUAAUUUAUCUAGAAGAUAUGAUAAUCAUGUGCUUUAUACUGUUGCAAUAUAGGUGUGUAUCACUUUUAUGUUAUUUUAGUACAAUCUCUUUUUUUUACUUUGUUACCAUAUCUUUUUUUAAAUAACGAUACACAAAACAUUGUUCUCUAGAAGCUGUAACAGUCCUUCUACUGAAUGAUAACUGUCAUUUUAAGAAGCCAUAGUUUUUUACUGUCGAAUGUAAAUCUGUCUGGUUCAUCUAAAGUCAUACUGUAUUAAUAUCUAACAAAUGUCAACAUAUAAAGUGGACAAAUCUUGAUCUAUUUCAAUAUUAACUUUGUGUGAAAAGCAAAAAUUGGAUGUAAAUAUUUAUCAGAUAAGAUAAAUUGAAAAUACGAAGACACAAAAAUAUAUUAACUUUCUGAUGACAUUAUUUACUUAUAUGAAAGUUUUUUAAAGUUUAUUUUUUCUGGUUUAUAUUAAUUAGUUUAAAAAUAAUUAAUAUUUUGAGUCUUUUGUAACAAACAGACAACAACGAAGAGUUAAGACAACAAUAUAUGGUAUUACGGGAGGAUUUAUUUUGAGAUCUGAUAUUAAGCGAACGCUCUUACACACCGGAUUUCGAAAAGGAAGCGUCUCAAACUCCAAGCGAAUCUCCCUUCACUCUACCUUCAUAUGUAAAUAAUAGUAUGAAUCACAUUGACUCCGCGUCCACCGCCAAGGAAGCCUUAGGAAGUGAAGUUCGAGACGCUUCCGCUUCGAGUUUGAAACGACCCGUGUGUGCACGGUCUUAGUGUUAUAAUAAGCGUUUAUGCGGCAAUAACGUUACAUCAUACAAUAUUUGCGUAGAGAAGACGCCAUGCGGUAUUUUGACAUUUCUAAAAUGUAAUUGAGAUAAUAAAUACAUUAAAAAAAGUAUAUUUUUUUGAAUAUUACAAUCAAUUAUAGGAAAUAAGCAUAGUUCAAUUUAUUAUGCAUGCUCUUAUUGGAAAAUUAUGAAUACAAUUAUUCACUUACUUGAAAUAAUACGGGAGGGAAACCAGAAUUAGUACUUCAAGAUCUUAGUAUAAUUCAAGUAAAACACUAUCAAAUUUCUUGACCAAAAACCAACAAAAUAUAAAAUAUAAAGUUAAUCUAAGAUCGAUUUUACAGAUUGUCAUACUUCAAAAAUCAAUCUACGCUAAUUUGUGGUGCCAAAACUCUAUUUUCUACAAAUGUAAAUGUCAAAAUAAUGUCUGUCUUAAUAGCGGAAUUGUGGCAGUAUUGGACUUUCCCAUAUCUUUCUAAUAUCUAGUAACAAUUCCUAAGGACCGUUUGACACGGGAUAAUAUUCCAGACUAAAUUGUAUACAAUUUGUUGCGCGCGCACUUUUAGGCAAAUUGCAUGCAAUAAAAUAGAACAUGUUCUAAAUUCUUGCAUGCAAUUAGCUGAACAUGCGCAAUACAUAAUUUCAUUUCUCUGCUUUUGUAAGGUUAUGUUUAUGUUAUAUUUGUUUGUUAUGUUAAUUGUUUUCAAAUGAUAUUUUAUCCAUUCUUAGAAAGUUUUUGUAUGAUAACGGAUCUUUAUGAAGCAACUCUUCAUUUAACAUUGUCAAAAUGCCUUUAACUUUGGCUCUUCUGCCAAUCCAUUUCCUCUGCCAGUUUUUCUUUCUACGCAUAUUUUCACGAUUCCGCCUUCUUUUUUUUAGUAUUAAUAUUAACGAAAUUACACCAACUGCACCGGCUACUAAUAUCAACUUUUCUUUUUUCUAUAGUUAUAGUAUAGUUUAUUUUCUUUUGUAUUCAACAAUCAACAACAGCAAGAAAUUAAUAACGUCAAUAAAUCCAGCUCUUUUCUGCGCAUGUACUUGUACUAAAUUUACUAUCUGUAAUCAUGUAUUGUGACAUACAUACAUAUUUCUUGUAUACAAUAUUUUAUAAAAUAUAACCCAAACUACUUUUCAGUUCUUAAAUUUAAGUCCCGUGUCAAACGGACCUAACUCGUAAAAUAUGACAUCCAAAUUUUGUACUUACCAUAGAGUUAUUCUGCUAAAGUAAUGGAAGAUAUUUAUAUCAUAGAUUAGGUAUCCUAUAA